UCACACACAACUCUGACUUUUGUCUUUCUAACUAACAGACAGUUAAGGGAGGGGGCCUCACCCAUCUUCUCUCUGGCACAGAGCCAUUUCCUUUGCUGCCUUUAGGACCCAUUACCAAGGCCUAUUACCGAGAAACUUAUCUGGGUAUUCCAGCAUUUAGAUCCUUGUUGGAUUCAAGAAUUAGAACGGAUUCGGGCAUACAGACUAACCCCCCCCCCAAUAAAUAAAAACCACACACGUCACGACAAUAACAUUCUUCUGAAGCCUCAAUUACCAUUCAAAAUGGGUUGGUACUUAGGAACAUAUGAAGUUUCCUUAUACUGAGUCAAACCCAUUGGCCCAUCUAGCUUAAUAGUGUCUACACUAUUGACUUCUAUCUGCCUGUUGUCUUUGUCAUGGAGUUUUCUUGGCAGGGAUACUGGAGUGUCUUGCAAGUUCCUGCUCCAGGUGGAUCACGUUUAGUCAAAACUCUCCACUAUGACCUGUCCAUCUUGGGUGGCCCUGCACGGCAUAGCUCAUAGCCUCUCCGGGUUAUUCAAGCCCUUUCGCCAUGACAAGGCAGUGAUCCUUCUCAUGGCCACCUCAUGAGAAGAGAAGACUCCCUGGAAAAGACCCUGAUGUUGGGAAAGAUGGAGGGCACAAGGAGAAGGGAACGACAGAGGACGAGAUGGUUGGACAGUGUUCUCGAAGCUACGAAGAUGAGUUUUACCAAACUGCGGGAGGCAGUGCAAGACAGGAGUGCCUGGGGUGCUCUGGUCCAUGGGGGUCAUGAAGAGUCGGACAUGACUAAACGACUAAACAACAACAACAACACUAUUGACUGGGGACUGACUCCCCAAUGUUUCCAACCAGCAGUCUUUCCCAGCCUUACAUGAAGAUACCCGGGAUUGAAUUUGGGACCUUCCACACAUGCUCUGUCAAUGAACAACAGCCCUUCCCUUAUAUCUGUGGAAACUCCAGCAAACACCUUUGAGCGAUACUACGACUCAAAGCCUUUGCAUAAUAUUUGCUUGACUGCACCUUAUUUUAUGAGAUGUAAGGCUGUUACUGGCAAAAACCUCAUACUACAAGAAGCCAGGCAAGAUACUUAAACCAAUUUAGAGGAUUUCUUAGAAGCGUGCUGACCCACUACCAGCUAGCUGCACACUUGAUCCCUCUGAUCUGAAGCAGAAGCUGAGAAAUUGGCAGGGUCCCCACAGUCAAAACAAGGGUCUGUUAUGGAAGACUCCACAGUUAUACACUUUUUGUGUGUAUAGCUGUACUGCUUUCUGUUCACUCAGCUGAGUCCUAAUCAUACAACCAGGAGUGUGGGAAACUUUUCAUCAAACACUCUUAAAGUUUCAGUAUUCUCAAAGUCCCACAAAAAGUGAUGGUAGCUUUGUUGACCAAUAAGAAAGAAAUUAGAAAUAUAUGUUAGGGCAAUAGUUUUCUUAGGCGAACCAAAAUGUCACAGAACAGUGUGCAAACUUUACCAUUUAGCCAGAGAACUCAAAGGCUGGCCACUAUGGCGUGACAUAUCAGUUGGCUUAAUGAAGAUAUAGUCCUAAUACGGAUCUUGGGACAUUCAAUAUAGUAACAUUUAAUAUGAUAACUACUUACUUUGUAACUUGGCAAUCUGCUCUUUGAAGGGAAUGAUUAGUGUUCUAACAAUGCAUUGCAGCAAUUACAGUUAUAUUUUGACUGUGAAAGUUCCCAAACUCUAAAAUGGAGGUCAUUCCAGUGCUUACACUGUUGUGCAGGAAGGCUGGAAUAAUACAAAAUGUUUGAGAGUCAGUUUAUAGGCUAGGUAUGCUACAUGCAGUAUUUUUUGUUUGUGUGUGUGCAAAUUUUGAGGCAGCACCUGGCCCCUGCCACGGUCACCCAACCAUAGAAAAGAAGCUUUCUAUACACACACACACACACACACACACACACACACAGAGAGAGAGAGAGAGAGAGAGAGAGAGAAUCCACAGGAGACAAGAGUUCCCUUUUACCAGUAGUGCUGUCAGGGCAACACUUUAAGGUGGAUGUCUAGAGCAGGGGUCAGCAAACUUUUUCAGCAGUGGGCCAGUCCCCUGUCCCUCAGUCCUUGUGGGGGGCCAUACUAUAUUUUGAAAAUAAAUAAAUAAAUGCCUAUGCCCCACAAAUAACCCACAAAUGCAUUCUACUAAUGUACACAUUCUACUAAUGUAAAAACACCAGGCAGGUCCCACAAAUAACCCAGAGAUGCAUUUUAAAUAAGAGGACACAUUCUACUCAUGUAAAAACAUGCUGAUUCCCGGACCGUCUGCGGGCUGGAUUUAGAAGGCGAUUGGGACAGAUCUGGCCCCCGGACCUUAGUUUGCCUACCCAUGGUCUAGAGCAGACAUCCCCAAAUUGCGGCCCUCCAGAUGUUUUGGCCUACAACUCCCAUGAUCCCUAGCUAACAGGACCAGUGGUCAGGGAAGAUGGGAAUUGUAGUCCAAAACAUCUGGAGGGCCGAAGCUUGGGGAUGCCUGGUCUAGAGCUUCACGCAGCAGAAUGAAGGGGACUCUCCCUGCCCUAGUGCAGCACGUUCUGUUUACCACAUUUUGAAGUAAAUCAAGUAGUACACAUUAUCAUCUAAAAAGGCCCAUGCACACACACAAGAACAUUGUCCAAAGUCUAAGAUUACCCCUAACUGCACCACUACCUUUUGUGAGGAACAUACAAGAUUGAUGAGCUCCUUAUCUGUGGUAAGGAGUGCUGGAUGAAGAGGGAGUUCAUUCAUGACCUCACUCUUGGGGUUGUUGAAGCACCCAUAAGCUUUCUACAAGGCAAGCUGUGAGGCUACAUAUAUGCACAAUGCAUUUAAAGCACAUGGCAUCCCCCAAAGAAUCCUGGGAACUGUAGCUUAUCACCCACAGAGCUACAAUUCUUGGCACCCUUAUCAAACUACGGUUCCCAGGAUUCUUGGGGGGGGGGAGGUAUUGCUUUAAAUAUAUGGUGUGUUUGCAGCCAGAGAUGGUGCUGCUGGUAUAGAUAUUUGAAAUGAAUGAAACUCUAAUUCUGCUCCUCCCCACACUGCAGACCGACUGUGUCUCUCUGCCUUGCUGCACCAUGACUGUCACAUACACAGCCCGCGUGGCCAACGCUCGCUUUGGUGGCUUCUACAAACUACUGACCCUCUGGCGUGGAAGCAUCUACAAGUUGCUCUACAAGGAGUUCUUGGUCUUCUCUCUUUCGUACCUGGGACUUAGUGUUACAUAUCGCUUCGUCUUAAGUGAGACUCAGAAAAGAGACUUCGAAAAGGUGGUGAUUUACUGUGACAACUAUGCCAAUCUCAUCCCUGUCUCCUUUGUCCUGGGGUUCUAUGUGACACUGGUGGUGAACCGCUGGUGGAGUCAGUACACCUGCAUGCCUAUGCCAGACCGCCUGAUGUGUGCCAUCUCUGGGAACGUGCAUGGCACCGACGAGAGGGGGCGCCUUUACCGGAGGACUCUCAUGCGGUACUGCAGCCUUUCUGCCGUCUUGAUUCUUCGCUCAGUCAGCAUCGCUGUGUUCAAGCGUUUCCCCACCAUAGACCAUGUGGUGGAGGCAGGGUUCAUGACUCGUGAGGAGCGCAAGAAAUACGAGAACCUGAACACUUCCUACAACAGAUACUGGGUCCCCUGUGUCUGGUUCACCAACUUAGCUGCACAGGCACGCAAAGAAGGCCGCAUACGUGAUAACUGUGCUCUCAAGUUACUCAUGGAGGAACUGAAUUUUUUUCGCGGAAACUGCAGCAUGCUCUACCACUAUGAUUGGAUCAGUGUACCACUAGUCUACACUCAGGUGGUUACCAUUGCUGUGUACAGCUUCUUCGUUUCUUGUCUGAUUGGGCGGCAGUUCCUUGACCCAGGCCAGGGAUACAAAGGACAUGACCUGGAUCUGUGGGUCCCUGUUUUUACCCUGCUGCAAUUCUUCUUCUAUGUUGGGUGGCUAAAGGUGGCUGAGCAGCUCAUCAACCCUUUCGGGGAGGACGAUGAUGACUUUGAAACCAACCUACUGAUUGACAGGAAUUUCCAGGUCUCCAUGAUGGCAGUGGACGAGAUGUAUGGGGACCUGCCUCUCCUGGAGAAGGACCGGUACUGGGAUGCCUCCAACCCCCGCGCCCCAUAUACCGCAGCCACUGUUUUCCUCCUGCAACAGCCAUCGUUCCAGGGUUCAACUUUUGACAUGACCCUAGCCAAGGAAGACAUGCAGUUCCAGCCCCUAGAGGACAUCGCAGAGGGCUAUGAACACAGCCGCCAUGUCCCUGCGCACCUCCUGAACCGCCUGCUAUCCACAGGCCCCGCGCCUGGGGGCUUUGGACGUCGGCUGUCUCUGCUGAGGCGCAAGAACAGCUGUGUUUCCGAAGCAUCCACUACCUACAGCUGCCUUUGUCAAGAUACGCAGACCACGGACUGUACCUGUGGGCCUCCUGGGCAGUCUGUGCCCAUCAAUAGCAUUCACUUCAGCUCUGAGGGGGAGGGAGACCUUGGGCCUGAUGCCACUGGCCUGGGCACCGAGACACACAAGGAUCUCUCUGAGGAUCCCGCCGGCGAGCCCAGUGGCCCAGCUCAGAGCUCGCUAGGCCAUGACAGUGCUGUGGCCAACACCCAGGAUUCAGUGCCCUUUGCGGACAUGUCUGUCCCUGCAGCAACAGAUACCGACUUGUCUCAGCCUCUCCUAGACCACGGCUCUUCAGAUACCCCCUUCUUUCACAGCUUAAAGGAGGCCUCCAGCAAGGGUCUUCCGCCAGCCAAUUACCCCCACUGGCUGCAGAGCCCUAUCGAGGAGGAGAAUGUGGCAUAAGCUAUUACUUCAGCCUCCAUAGGGUUGAGUGCAGCCGUUACGAAGGGUGGCCCACGGCACGGUUCAAUCUUAGGCCUCAGGACAGGAAAUCAGCAAAGACUGAUAGUCCUUGCAGCUGCUAAAGGGAAAUUUGAAUUGGUGACCCCUGCUAGACACCUGGUUUUUAAUAACACAUUGCAAUGUGGGGCCACUUCAUAAGGAGUCGGGAGGAUUCUGUUAAUCAGGCCUCUAUUUCGGUCCCCUGCCCUGCCCGCCUCCUACUCUCCCCCCCACAUGUUCUUGACUUGCAUCUGCAGCUCCUAACUGAACAUGCAAGGGCAAUCAUGGACACUGAGCUACUCCUGAAGGUACUAUUCUGUCCUAUAUUUACCCAAAGCUGCAGCUGGUUAUUGCAUCUCAUUCCUUCCUGUAAUUAUCAGAUGGUGAACAUGGAAGGAGGUAAUCACUUCUGCACUUACUACCCAAAUGCCUGUGUGUGGAUCUACUAUGUUUUAAAACUCAUGCUUUUAUAGAAAUUUAUUAAAUGGUAUUUUGUCUAGAGUAAUGUUUUGUGGCCUGCCCUUUAAACCUCCAAUGUAUAUGUCCAGAUUGUAGAUUGGGGAACCCCUGGCCAACUAUGACCAUGCUGGUUAGGGCUCCAGUCA